UCCCUCCUGAGUUUCCGGGCUGUGGAAAGGCACUCAAUGGCGGCCGGAGGGUCGGACGUGCGGGCCGUGGACGUGGAGGAAGACGCCUCCCAGCUGGUCUUCCCCAAAGAGUUUGAGACUGCUGAAACCCUUCUCAAUUCAGAAGUGCACAUGCUUCUUGAACAUCGAAAGCAGCAGAAUGAGAGUGCAGAAGAUGAGCAGGAGCUCUCUGAAGUCUUCAUGAAAACGCUGAACUACACCGCUCGCUUCAGCCGCUUCAAAAACCGGGAGACGAUUGCUAGCGUUCGCAGUUUGCUGCUCCAAAAGAAGCUCCAUAAAUUUGAACUGGCAUGUUUAGCUAAUCUGUGUCCUGAAACAGCUGAAGAGGCCAAAGCAUUAAUCCCCAGCUUAGAGGGUCGAUUUGAGGAUGAAGAGUUACAGCAAAUUCUUGAUGACAUUCAGACCAAACGAAGUUUUCAGUAUUAGGAGGAAUGACCACAUCCUUCUAUAAUGUGAACAUGUUGGGGGUUACAUUUAUUCUGAUAAAGUCCUGGCUGUUUUUUGACAGCAAAGGAAGCUUAUGCUGGAUUACAAUUCCACCCACAGUUUUAAAAGGGAUUCUUUGGCCGUUGAGGCUUGUUGAACAUUGACAGAGCUGCAAAAACUCAUGACUGAUUGGUUAAUUUAAUAUUCAUUUCCAAAUGUUGUUUUCAUUGUGAACAUUCAUAGAAUAUUUUGGGGAUCAGACACAUUACAUAAAGAUACCAGUCUCUCUUUGAACAUGUGUUGUCUUAGAGAAAGUUCUUAAUAUUACUUUUUAAAAAAAUUGUAAUACUAGAAUCAGGAUCAAUAGUUUGUGUGGUGUAUGUGAUCAAGAGGUUGUGUUUUUGUCUUCAUUAACAAUCUUGUACAGUUGUUUUGUGUAAUAAAAAAUACAGUAUUUUCAA